AUGGCAGCCUGCUACAAUCAACUAUUCAGCACCAACACUACGGUUACUGCUAAGGUGGAGGACUCUAUGGACUUCCCAGGCGGCAAAGUCCCCUUCACUCAACAACUCAAAAUGAUCGGUGGCCCUGAGUCAAGCACCCCUCCAAUGAGUUGUUACAGAACAGUAGACAGCACUGGGGCAGACGUAGCUGGUGCAGAAGUUCCCCAUCAAAUAGGACGGGAUUUGGCCACCAAAAUGUAUAGCACCAUGGCAGCCUUGCAGAUAGUUGACACUGUCUUUUACGAGGCUCAGAGACAGGGAAGGUUCUCUUUUUUCAUGACAAGUGCUGGCGAAGAGGCAACAGCUGUAGGAUCAGCAGCUGCUUUGACGCUAGACGACACAGUCUUCACCCAAUACCGCGAGCAUGGGGUCAUGAUGUGGCGUGGCUAUACCAUACAGCAAAUGGCACACCAGUGCUAUGGAAACCAGUUGGGUCAUGGCAAAGGCCGCCAGAUGCCAAUCCACUACGGCAGCAAGGAGCUCAACUUCCAAACCAUAUCCUCCCCACUGGCUACACAGUUACCCCAUGCUGUUGGGGCAGCCUAUGCACUCAAGUUGGAGCGCAAGCAUGCUUGUGCUGCGGUGUACUUUGGGGAGGGUGCAGCAUCAGAAGGGGACUUUCAUGCUGCUGUCAACUUUGCCAGUACUCUUGGUGCACCUGUGGUCUUCAUCUGUCGCAACAAUGGCUGGGCCAUCAGCACUCCUAGCACUGAGCAGUACAGAGGUGAUGGCAUUGCCGGAAGGGGGCCCUCGUAUGGCAUCGCCAGCAUCAGGGUUGAUGGAGGAGAUGCAAGGGCAGUAUACAAUGCCACAGCUGAGGCACGCAGGAUAGCUGUGACCAGCAGCUGCCCUGUGCUCAUUGAGGCCAUGUCAUACCGCAGUGGCCAUCACUCCACUUCUGAUGACUCCUCCAGAUAUCGCACAGCAGAUGAGAUGAACAGAUGGCGUGCAAGAGACCCAGUCAUGCGCUUCCAGAGCCUGCUACUCGCCAACAACUGGUGGGAUGCACAACAGGAGAAAGAUCUACGCUUAAACCUUAGGAAAGAGGUAUUGAAAGCAUUGGAAGCUGCACAGAAGGAGCCUAAAGCUCCUUUGGCAGACUUGUUCACAGACGUUUACAAGGAAAUGCCAUGGCACUUGAAGGAGCAAAUGGCACAGGCCAUGGCGCAUUCGAAGGCGCAUCCUGGAGCCUGCCCGUCAGACAUACCGGUCAGAUAG